UGGGCGUGUGCCGCGGAUCCCAUCGGAAUGGGUGGAUCGCAGUCGAGCAGGCACGCACGUGUGCGGUUCGAGGUGCCCGAGAAUAUUGGACGAGAUCGUUUCGUCUCGAAGUGGAAGUGGAAGCCUUGUGCUCCAUGCUCCACGAACUUGGGCUGUUGUGCUUUGUGCUUCUGCUUCUGCUUGUGCGUUUCUAGUAUUUCUUGUCGCGCUUUUCAAGGUCCGCAGCCCCACAGUUUGGAUGCCAUUUCAGAUUUCCGCAACGCCAUUUAUAUUGAUGUGCGCAUGUAUGUACAUGCGUAUGUAUCUCGUAUAUUCACGAUUUGGGUAUUGUCGUGCAAGAAAGGAGAUAAGGAGAUAACACUAACUGAAACAUGCAUACGUAUAAAAGCAAAUUGCAUUUGCCAAGGGCCAAACAAAGAUGCUAAAAUGUCGGCCCAUACGGCUAAUAUGCUCGUGUUCGUACUAUCCCUAGUUCUCCAUAGUCCAGCAGAGAACUUUUGCAGGCAGGAUCUCUGUGCCAAAGGAACCAGCCACAUAGCGUGUCAGAAUGUCAACGGAUCCUUUGGUAGCUCCUGUCCCAAAGAUGCCACCGCUAUUAAACUAAGUCGCGAGGACAAAAACGUGCUGCUUAAGGCCCACAACUCGGUGAGACAAAAGUGGGCAAGCGGCGCGGCGAGGACUAGGAGGAUCGCCUGCAAGAUGGCCAAAAUGGAGUGGAAUCGGGACCUGGAAAGGAUGGCGCUCUUAAAUGCCAAAACCUGCCUCAUGGCUCAUGAUGAGUGCCACAACACCGACAAGUUCCGGCUCUCUGGCCAGAAUCUAUUUGCCGCGGCAUUUCAACAAGCCAAGAACAUUACUGCAAGGAGGCUCUUGGAGCUGGCAGUUCAGAAGUGGGCAGGCGAGGAAGCGUUCCUUACCGCCGCGGACUUGAGGAAAACGCCGCCUAAUCCAGCCGAAGUGAUUGGCCACUUGACCGUUCUGAUCAACGAGAAAAGCUUUGCCGUGGGCUGUGGCUUGGUUUCCUUUGAGCUGGGCGAAUUCAGGCGAUACAAUCUGGCCUGCAACUAUGCGCAUACAAAUGUGAUUGGCCAAAGUGUUUAUGCCGAGUGCGCCAAGGCGGGCAGUGGUUGCCCAAAGGGCAGAGACCUGGAGUAUUCAUCGCUAUGUGCUUAAAUGCGGUGGAACCACUGAUUUGGUUCAAUUCAAAUUAUAUUUACUAUUGUUA